AAGAAAAUCCAUAAUGACAGACGAGUCAAUUAAAUCAAUAGACAUCUCUACCAAAACACCCAUAAUUAACAAUCCAGAAAAUGACACAUAAAUAAAAUAGAAACAUGGCCAUGAAUAAUACAGAUUACAGACCAAUAUCAAAUUAAGGUAAGUUAUAGGAGAAUCGUGUAGAUAAAGUCGCACAGAGUCAAAAAGGGGUCUUGUCAACUCUUACGUGGAAUAUAGCGGCCUAAACAUAUCAUCCGGCUCGAGGAGAUGCCUCAACAAAAACACAGGCGACGAUGGCGCAGGAAGGGUAUGUGCUGCAUGCCGGCGCCGCGGCCCUGCAUCGACAGCAUGCCGCGACGCUGCAUGCCACACUGCGCCGUCUGCCCUCCCUGCCCGUCCGCCCAGCACAUCACCGCCUCCAGCUCCAGCCACUCCGACUGUUCCUGCGCGGAGGAGAAGUUCUGCACCGUAGAGAGCUGCAAGAACGCGCCCCAAUGCAUUACUGCAAAGUUACGGUAUUGCCCGUACGGCUUCAAAGAUAAAUCCGGUACCGAUUUGAGAUCUGAUCAAGUCCGCAGUAAAGAGAUGCUCGAAUAUCGUCCCUCUCAAGAGAGAGAAAUGAGAGCGCAAUACCCGCAAGCAGUAUCCACACCCUAUAUGGCACCGCAAGCCCAACUGGCUCCGGAAUUCUCACCAAGCGGGUAUCCAUCUGUUCCCACAAUAUCUUCAAUACAUAGUAGAGCUCCGGAUCAAUUCGAUCAAUCCAUGCCGCAAUACGCGCAGCCUCUUCCCGCGGAUGUUGCGCAGGUGCCAAUGAUGCAACAAGAUUUCGGACCUCCCGAAUUUCAAGCCCCAAUGCAAGGGAGAAUGUCUCCAAUAUCUCCUGAUUAUCAGGCACCCAUGCAAGGAAGGAUGAUGCCAAAGUUUUCUGAACCCCAGCCGCAAAUGCAAGGAAGGAUGAUGCCAAUGUCUUCCGAACCCCAGCCUCAAAUGCAAGGGAGGAUGAUGCCAAUAUCUUCUGAAUCCCAGCCUCAAAUGCAAGGGAGGAUGAUGCCAAUGACUUCCGAAUCCCAGCCUCAAAUGCAAGGGAGGAUGAUACCAAUGUCUUCCGAAGCCUAUCCUCAAAUGCAGGGAAGAAUGAUGCCAAUAUCGCCGGAAUCUCAAGCACAAAUGCCAGAAAGAAUGAUGUCAAUAUCUCCCGAAUAUCAGCCCCCGAUGCAAGGAAGAAUGAUGCCAGUAUCUCCCGAACCCCAGGCUCUAAUGCAACAGAGAAUGCUACCUAGAUCCGAAACGAUGCCCUCACCUGUAUCUGUUACAAGUGGACCGAGUAUUCAAAUCAGAAAAAUGCCAGAUCAGUAUCAACCGUACUAUAGCCAACAGCAGGACACGAUGCCGAGUUACGACUACCCCGCUCCGAGACGACCCAUCCCUGUCUCGCAGGAAGAGGGCUACGUUAACAUUCCGAGAGCCGAAAAACAAGUAGGUGGGUAUUCUCCUGCGCAAUACAGCUUAGGACCCGCUCCUGAAGAUUCAAUGUAUUCUAGCGGUCUGCCGCCGCCUCGAAUAGAUUAUGGCCAAAAGUAUUCUUUGUCCGCAGUAUCCUCGGCGGACAGGAUGAAACCACGACCUAUUAUCUUACAUGAUGAACCCAGAAGAAUGCCACAAUAUACUUCAGAAUAUGUUCCCUCCGAUAGGCCCUCCGCACUAUCGCCGCGGGGAAAACAUGGUUUAAUUCAAGACACUAGAGUGCAACAACCUAUUUCGGAUAGUUCUUACGUCAGAUACGUUUCAGAAUCAUCGCCAGCGCUGUCGGACAGAAUACCGGGUUCACAACCCGUGUCCACAGAGGGACUCGCGAGGUCGGUUUAUCGUCCUCCAUACCAGGCGGAUACUAGUAUGGGGGUACCGUACCAGGCUGAUACAAUUAAGGGUGUUCCAUACCAAGCUGAUAUCAGUAUGGGAGUUCCGUACCAGUCCGACGCUCGUGUGGGGGCUCCAUAUCAGUCCGAUGCUCGUGUGGGAGCGCCAAACCAGUCCGAUGCUCGUGCGGGGACUCCAUACCAGUCCGAUGCUCGUGCAGGGACUCCAUACCAGUCCGAUGCUCGUGUGGGAGCUCCAUACCAGUCCGAUGCCCGUGUGGGCGUCCCAUACCAACCCGAAGCUCGUCCAGGAGCUCCAUACCAAUCCGGUAUUCGUGCAGGAGCUCCAUAUCAGGCGGAUACACGCACGGGGUAUCAACCAAGUAUUGUCGCGGAGCCUACACCAAAAAAAUCUGUACAUCACGCAUUACCCGACGCAACUUACGAUACACAGAUGCCUAUGUCACCGUCAGCGCCAGAAAGAGACGACACACGCUCUGUUGCGUUGGACAGAUCUAGAAGAGGCUAUCAACCAACGCCCAGUGGGUAUGAGACAAUGAUGGAAUCACCCCCGUCAACGGGUCAAUCCUUCUCUUCGCGAUACCCCAUUGGCAGACCGCUGGCCGAAAGUACAUCCAUAGGGAGCAGCAGAAACAUUCCUAUGGACUACGGCGCAGGAUCGCCGAUGUCCCCAACGUCCUCGGUUCGGACUAGCGAGCAGCGGCCGUCGGCGACAGACGGCCUGCACAAAAUCUCCUACCGCAGUCCGUCGACUGGAUACAACAGGUUCUGUAAGGAACCUCCGCAGCCGGAGUAUGUCGAUAAAUCUAUCGGCUUCGAAUAUCCACUUCCACAAACUGAAUUAGGUGCCACGGACGAGACGCCUCCAAAGUGCUCGUGUCGCUACCCUCCAGCGUUCAAACACCUGGAGUGCGCUGGCCUCAUGACCGGCACCUGCGAGUGCAAUGAAAAUGAUUUGUAAGCAUACGAAAUAAAAUUUAAAUUGUAA